GACACUAUUUUACAGAGCAGAUUAGAAUCCACACUACAAUAGCCUACUCAAACCAAAAUCCCCUUAUCCAAACAUGAACUGAAAACUUCUACUAACUACCAUCACAAAUAUCAUCCUUAACAAUAACAUCAUCACCAUUCUCGUCAACUCCUAUAACCCCUCUCUCAAUAUCUUUCUCUCUCCUAUGUAUAUAUAUACAUCUACAUACAUAUAAUAUGCAAACCCACCCAACGGUAACAUCUUCAUCAUCUCCUUCAUGCCCAUCUCUGCUUUUCCACUCCAAACGGCAAAUUUUCCAACCAAGGAACCUGUUUUCACUGCGAGGAACAUCACCUUACACCCCAAGAUUAAUGGCGUCUAUUUCAGAGAUCGGUCUUCGAAUACCAAAGGCGGUUACAGGCUCUUCUUCUUCCUCAACUACCGCCGAAAAUGGGUUUUCUACUCUGAUUGAGUAUGUGGGCAAGGGAGGAAUCGACGCGGGAGAUGAUCUGAUUGUACUGAUUCACCAUAUCCAAUACGCUUGCAAGAGAAUUGCAGCUCUUGUGGCUUCUCCUUUCAAUUCGAGUCUCGCCCUCAACACGCCGGCGGCUCCGGCCGGUGCCUCAGACAGGGACGCGCCAAAGCCGCUCGAUAUCGUCUCGAACGAAAUCAUCCUGUCAUCACUUAGAAAAUCUGGGAAAGUCGCGGUCAUGGCUUCUGAAGAAGAUGAUGCUCCCAUUUGGAUAAGUGAUGAUGGACCAUUUGUGGUGGUAACAGAUCCUCUAGAUGGUUCUCGAAACAUAGAUGCCUCUAUUCCCACCGGAACCAUCUUUGGGAUUUAUAAACGCCUUGUGGAAUUGGAUCAUAUUCCCAGGGAGGAGAAGGCUAUACUGAAUUCUCUUCAGAGUGGAACUAGACUUGUGGCUGCAGGCUAUGUUCUCUAUUCGUCUGCCACAAUAUUCUGCACCAGUUUCGGUUCAGGAACUCAUGCAUUCACACUGGAUCAUUCAACUGGAGAUUUCAUUCUCACACAUCCUAGCAUUAAAAUUCCUCCUCGAGGCCAAAUAUAUUCUGUAAACGACGCUCGGUACUUUGACUGGCCUGAAGGAUUAAGAAAAUACAUAGACACUGUAAGGCAAGGGAAAGGCAAGUACCCUAAGAAGUACUCGGCUCGUUACAUCUGUUCUUUAGUGGCUGAUCUCCAUAGAACACUCUUAUAUGGUGGAAUUGCCAUGAAUCCAAGAGACCAUCUUCGAUUAGUAUACGAAGCAAACCCUCUUAGCUUCCUUGUGGAGCAAGCAGGAGGCCGAGGAUCCGAUGGUAAGCACCGGAUUCUCUCGAUUCAGCCAGUGAAGCUACACCAGAGGCUGCCUCUCUUUCUGGGGAGCCCAGAGGACAUAGAAGAGUUGGAGAGUUAUGGAGAUGUGCAGCAGAAAGUGAAUCCUGGAUAUGAAGUUUGAACUCAGGACAUUAGAGUUGACCAUAAAUUUAUCAACUAGUAAUACGUGCACUCAAAUAUCACACUAAAAUUUUACUCACUAACAUAACAUGUCUUUUCAACAUAAUAAGUCUCAUCUAAUGCAAUUAGUUGAAAAGAUAAGCUAAGUCUGUGAGUUAAAUUUUUUUAUCUAAUAUUUGAGUGCAUUAAUCAUUUGUCAACUUUGUUUUAAAUUUUCUGUUAUGCUUGUUUGCUCACAUUAUAGUUGGGGCUUAAUGAAGAGAGGUUAGGCAUGGGAGGUAAUGCCUUAUUUUCAACUAUGUAAUUAAUGGUAAGUUGUAAAAAAAAAGAGUUGUUGGAGAGCAACUUGCACCCUAGUUUAGGACAUAGGAAAUCAAGUGUUAUAUAUAUGUAUAUUUAUUUUAAAAUUCUAUAAGUUUGGCUGUAAUCCUUUUCUUUUCUUUUUAUAAAAGGGAAAAUGAAUAUCUAUUUUAUA